UGUAGGAUUGUUUUGGUUUUGCUUGCACCUGUACACGAAGAGGGAAAGUCUGCACUGCUGUCUAACUUGGAUUUGACUUAUAAGUAUCUUGUAGGCAUAGGAAAAAUAUGUAAAACGCACUUGGCGGUGAGCGGUAUUAAAAUCAUUUUUUGGGUUUGUAAUUCCUCUCUGUGACAUCUUGAGCAUACCAGACAGUCUCAGACCUUCAUCAUGGCUUAUCGACGUGCAAAAUCAAUUAGAGAGGCGUAUGAAGAGCGCUUUUCACAAAUGGACUCAAGAGAGGUAACAGUUCAUCGUGUUGUCAAUAUUGUUGAAAAGAGGAGUCCUAUGGUUCGGCCGGGAUCGGAAUUUGACAGAGGCUUUAAUGAUGACCAAUGGUAUGACAGUCCUCAAAACUACCAGGACGCAAGAGAAUGUCACGGGGAAGGCAGUUACUCACACAAUGAUCGUCGAUACUUUGAGGAAAACCCCAACUUUGGCAGUUUUCGCAGAAACUCCUCGCCCCCACGUAAUGAGGCACCAUACUCACAGAUACGUUAUAACAGAGAUGAUUUGAGGCAUCAGUUAGGCUCAAGGCACAGUGGCAGAGCUGGACCCUAUUUCCACAAAAGAGGUCGAGGGGUAGCCCCUUCUCAAAGCAGAGAAAACCGGCAAUCUCAGCCGGGAAGCGCACGGGACCGCUCUCCUGUAAGGAGAGAAACCCAGCCAUCUUCAUCUUCACUUGUCCGCUCUGGGUCAAACAAUAGCAAUAAGAGCUUCUCCCCUGACAGGGACAAAGGCUACACCUACCAGAGGAAUAAGCCUAAUGUGGUGACAAGCCACACUCCCAACAGCUCUGCAGAGGGGUCUCUUCACAGCUCAGGAUCUUCAAAGGAAAAACCUCCUGCAUCUGCAGCGGAGUCGGAGGAGGUGGUAGCUGCCAGCAUGGAGCCAAAGCCGACUCCAGAGAAAGACUUGAAGGCCCGUCGAUUGGUGGCCAUUCAGGCUAAGGCUCUGGAAAUUGAGAAGCAUUACAGACAGGAUUGUGAGACAUUUCGCACAGUGGUGAAGAUGUUGGUGGCCAAGGAACCCAGUUUGGAAAAUCUACUACAGGCUUCACUGGAUGAAAACCUGUUGGAGAUUAAACAGCACUGCCUAGAUGCCCUUAGGCACUUCGUGAAGGAGCUGGACGAAGUAUUAGAGCAGCCAGACACCUUAGGGCAAUCCAAAGGUGAAAAACCAAUGAAAUGACAAUAUGGAGUUAAAAUCUUAUUUUUGGACGACAUGGAAAAAUGUCCAAGAAGAUUAACACAUUUAAACUAUUCAGAUAAUGUUUUUUUUAUCCUCUUGCAAUUAUUUUAAUGCAAGGAUUCAACUGUAUUAGAAACAAAAGACAAUAUCUCUGGAGGUGUUUUUUUUUCCAUUUGCUAAAGAUUUAAGACCCGAAGCUAGAUUCGAUCAUUGUUACAAUUAAUAUGUUUAUGUUAAUAAUAAAAUACCUACAGUAUUGUGAAGGGGGGCCUUGUGGACUGAAUUACACUGGGUCAAAGUUCUAUGAAAACCUGAACAGUUCUAGUUUCACACUAGCUGGGUUUUUACUAUGAAUGAUAUAGUAAAAAAUUAUAUACGGACAAAUUGUCAAAUAUAACACUCAGUUGAUUACACACUACAUCUAUUACUGAAAUAGAUAUAAGUGAAAUGUUUGAUCAUUCACCCAGCUAGAGGCUUGGUCUUGCUGUUCAAUCCCUACGAUUAAGAGCAUUUGCAGAAUGAAUGAGUCAAAUAUUAAAACUUUCCUCUCAUGAACCUUUGCGCAAUCUUUAUUCAUAUGUAGACACUUGCGCUAACCUCUGUGGAAUCAGUGAGUGCAACUAACACUGACUGUAAUGCAUGAAAGAGUCCAACAUGGUGUUUUUCAGUGCAGAACAAUUUUAUACAAAAACAGAUUCAUUUUUUAUUUUUAAAUUAUACAUUUUUAUUAUUUUCAGUUGUAACCUAAUUGUUUUUAUCUUUUAGAGUUUGAGGU